UGAGAAAAUUGCACGAAAGAAAAUAAAAAUUUCAUACUGAGAUCGUUCCGCACACUCACACACUCGCGCUUGUGCAGUCUAGAGUGUCAUCUGUGUGCGCGCCUUGGUGAUGUGUGAGUGUUUUCUUUUUUCUCAGGCUGGCACACACCGAAGUCUGCCAGCGGACGCUCGCGGUGGCAUACCGUGACAGUGCAGCUUUCCCGGAGCGGAACCGAACGAGACUCGAUUCCAUCCGUCCAGCCACGCGUCACCGGGGAAACAGAUGGACACAUUCGCGCUCGGACCUGUUGUUCGUGUGACCAUCCGGCGCAUUCAACUUGGCGUCUCGGUAAACCAGGGGAAAUAAGUGAGUUUCUCCUGGGUCGGAUCACGUUUGGAGCAUCAGACGUGCGCUGCGCGUCUCCGCCGCUCAUCAGAUGAUGCGUGAUCACGGGUCCUCCUCCGGUACCUCCGGCAUUACUCACGCACCGGCAGAGUGAGAACAGCUUAAGAUGAUCCUCAGAUGAACAGGUCGGGGAAACUUUUUUUCUUGAAGAUGUGCAGGGGAGCUUCGGUCUUCGUUUGGAUUUCUGAUGGCCACGGCGAAGAGUUUGUUUAAACGCACAAGAGGAGGAAAUUUAACAGGUGCGUAAUUGUCACUCGAGCAUGAAUCCCAGUGGCUUCUGGCACCUACUCCAGUUCAGAAGCUCUUUGGAGAUCACGCGGGGAGCGCGCUAGUUGAUGGCACUGCGCGCCGGGAGGACUUUGCUGUGGUUCGGGCAGGUUUUGCGCAGAGUUUCGCGGCUGCAGGGCUUGUGGUCCCGGCGCUCCAGCAGUCUGCUGUGUCUCUCGGCCAGCCAGGACCACGACCAAGGGACCUGUUACAACCGCAACCGGUGUCCGAAGACGCAUCAUCAGCAGCAGCAGCGGCAGCAGCAGCACUGCCCCUAUCCGCCCUUUCCAGACUGCUGCUGCGCCUUCCCGGGGGAAAAGAGGGGACAUGAACCCCUCAGCCGCCGGUUCCUGGUGGCCAUGAAGAGGCAGAACGUGCGGACGCUGUCCCUGAUCGUCUGCACGUUCACCUAUCUGCUGGUCGGGGCCGCGGUGUUUGACGCGCUCGAGUCGGACUACGAGAUGCGGGAGAAGGAGCAGCUGGAGGCGGAGGAGAAGCGCCUCCAGGGCAAGUACAACAUCAGUGAGGAUGACUAUAAAAAGCUGGAGACCAUCAUCUUGGAGGCCGAACCGCACAGAGCAGGGGUCCAGUGGAAAUUUGCAGGGUCCUUUUACUUUGCCAUCACUGUCAUAACCACUAUCGGUUAUGGUCACGCGGCUCCGGGCACGGAUGCGGGGAAGGCGUUCUGCAUGUUUUACGCUGUGCUGGGGAUCCCGCUCACGCUGGUGAUGUUCCAAAGCCUCGGCGAGAGGAUGAACACCUUCGUCAAGUACCUGCUGAAGCGCAUCAAAAAGUGCUGCGGGAUGCGCAUCACGGACGUCUCCAUGGAGAACAUGGUGACCAUGGGCUUUUUCUCCUGCAUGGGAACGCUCUGCAUCGGCGCGGCAGCUUUCUCCCACUACGAGGACUGGAGUUUCUUUCAGUCCUAUUACUAUUGUUUCAUAACACUCACCACCAUCGGGUUUGGGGAUUUUGUGGCCCUGCAGAAGAACAAAGCCUUGCAGAGAAAACCCGUCUACGUGGCGUUCAGCUUCAUGUACAUCCUAGUGGGGUUGACGGUCAUCGGGGCUUUUCUCAACCUGGUGGUCCUCCGUUUCCUGACCAUGAACAGCGAGGACGAGCGACGGGACGCCGAGGAGAGAGCUUCCCUGGCGGGGAACCGCAGUAGCAUGAUCAUCCACAUCCAGGAGGACACGCUCCAGAGGAGUCGACGGCGACGAGAGCAGCAGCAGCAGCAGCAGCACCGCUUCAGGCCAGAGGUCACCGAUCUCCAGUCCGUUUGCUCCUGCAUGCGCUACCGUUCGCAUGAGUUCGGGAGCUCCGUCGGUCUCGGGUUGGGAAUGGGUGGAGGAGGAGGAGGCGGCGGCGGUGGCGCGUUUCAGCACCAGAACUCGUUCGGCUCUCAGUUGAGCCCCCAUCAGUACCAUCACUACCACUCGACGGUGUCCUACCGCAUAGAGGAGAUCUCGCCGAGCACGUUGAAAAACAGCUUCCUUCCCUCCCCCAUCAGCUCCGUCUCACCCGGGCUCCACAGCUUCACAGAAAACCUCCGGCUCAUGAGACGACGCAAGUCCAUCUGAGGACACACAUUUCCAAUGCCGCUGCUCUACCAAACCUCAUUCCUGCACUUUUUUCGGCAUUGCGAGAUGACGAGGGAUCACGCGGGCAGGACGCUUGAACGUUUGAUGGAUAUAUGAGAACUUGUUAAAAAAAAGCAUGACGCAUGGAUAUCUAUUUUUGCAGAAAACUUCACCUGGGCCUUCCGAGCAGCACCUGAGCGGGUUUGGAUAAAAUAAUACCACCCUGAUUAUCUUAUCAGACGAUUUGUGUUUUGAAUAAUACAAAGGGAGAGAUAUAUAUAAUUUUUUAAGGAACAUGCGAAAAUGUGUUUUAUCAAACGGUGAGCAGCCGCCGGUUCUUUCUUAAGAUACAAGUGCCACACCAACGAAGAGGAAAUAACGAUAAAACUGAUUUGAAAAGGACUACACAGUAUCAGGUAUUGUUUUCUAUAAGCAAUUCUAUUUAAGAAGAAUAAGACAUUGAUUCACAUCAUGCCAAAAUAUCGUUGCCAACCAUAGCAUGUUUGAUGUGCGUCAUCAUUUUGUUUAGUUGGUUUUUCCCCCCCGUUUUUGUUCGUUUAAUUUCAAUCAAAAGUUUUCUGUAAAUUAUACGUGUGUGUAGAGACGUUAUAUUUAGAGGUGACAGACGAGAGACAGCAAAAGUCGGUCCUGAGAGGAGAAUACUUGCAUGUGCUUUGUUCAAACUGGUAUGCGUAUGCGGUUACGAGACCAAGCGUUAGCUACUUUAGCUCUGGAUUCAAUUUAAAAAGCAAAUAACCCUUUUAAAACUAUUGUUUGAAAUGAAAGUUGAACCACAUCCACUAAAACUGGGCCUCACGAUGGGAACGUUACGGCAUCGCAAGUGAUUGUUUUUCAUCGGGAUUCCUAUAAAAAACAGCACGUUGACUCGACUAUUAUUCCAUUGUGAACAAUCAAUGUAUAAUGUAUGCUUACCCUAGCAAUGAUUGCUUUUCUCUCAACCAUUUAUUUGAAUGAGACUUAUUUAAAUGCAUCAAUAAAGACAGUUAUUUAUGUAUUUUACACUUUGA